AGGAAAUGAUAAUUUCUCCAAAACGGCCCGUUAAAACAUAUGGACUAUAAGCCCAAGCCGAAGCCCAAACAUCCAACGCGCCUUAGUCUGCUCGGCGGCACUCUCCACACUUCCUCGCCGGCGGCCAGCAACAAGCAUUCAGCGGUUUAGACUCAUAUUCUCGUUGGUUUCUUCUCUAAUUUUCUCCUGUUUUUAACCACUAUAGGUCCAGUAAAUUCAAAAUCCAACUUCUCCGUCCGCCAUAGCCAUUUCUGUGAUUUAUUGCUAUUUUUGACGGGCGAUUUACAGUUAUUGGGGGCGUGAAUCAAGGAAGUAUGGAGGUCUGAGUUCUCCGGAGCGACGGGAACCUCCGACGAAUUAGGAAUGGGGAUCAUCGAAGAGGGUUCCAUUUCGGGUGUUUUACCGAGUUGCAGCAAGGCAUUUGCAGUUCAUUACCCUGGUUAUCCUUCUUCCACUGAACGUGCAAUCGAGACUCUGGGUGGUAGCCAAGGCAUUCUCAAGGUUCGUACUGACAAGUUGAACAAGUUGGAGCUACAUUUUCGUCCUGAAGAUCCAUAUUCACACCCAGCCUUUGGGGAGAUCCAGCCCUGCAAUAAUUUUCUGUUGAAAAUUUCCAGAAAGAAAGUUAAGGACAUAUCUGAGCAUGCAUCAGAGGAUUCAUUUCAUCUUAAGCAGAAUACUGAAUCAAUAGAAACCGUGGAACAUAUAAACCGACCGGAACGGGAAUCCUUUUCAGCUUGUUCAGAAGUCAAAGGACAGAUCGAGAGUGUAGCUCAGGAGCAGCUUCAUGCUGAUAUUGUGGCUAGAGUCUCUGAGGCAUAUCACUUCAAUGGCAUGGUGGAUUACCAGCAUGUACUUGCUGUUCAUGCUGAUGUAAAUAGAAGAAAAAAGAGAAAUUGGGCUGAAGUAGAACCACAAUUUGAGAAAGGUGGUCUGAUGGAUGUCGAUCAGGAGGAUUUAAUGAUUUUAGUGCCACCUCUUUUCUCAGUUAAGGAUCUCCCAGAAAAAGUAGUUUUAAAAACAUCUGGAGAUCUGAGUUUGAGAAAGAAACAAGAGGGGGUCUUCCAACAUCAAUGGGAGAUGGAGAUAGAGCAGUGCCUUGCCAUUGACUUCAAUAUCAAAGAGAUUCCUAAGAAAGUAAACUGGGAGAAAUCCAUACCCAGGAACUCAGAUCGAUGGCAGUGGCAGAUGGCUGUCUGUGAAUUGUUUGAGGAGCGUCCUAUAUGGCUCAAACAUUCACUAGCUGAGCAUUUACUUGACCAAGGUCUGAAUAUUGGAAACAAAAUGCUCAAAAGGCUUCUUUUUAUAGCAGCAUAUUACUUUUCAAACGGUCCAUACCUGAGGUUCUGGAUAAGGAAAGGAUAUGAUCCCCGCAAGGACCCUGAAUCUCGCAUAUACCAGAGGACUGAUUUCCGAGUACCACCAUCUUUACGAAGUUAUUGUGACACGCAUGAGAUAUCUAGGUGGGAGGAUAUUUGUGCAUUUCGAGUUUUCCCCCGCAAAACCCAGAUUUCAUUGCAACUCUUUGAACUUAAGGAUGACUACAUUCAACAAGAAAUCAGAAAACCUACCAGUCAAGAAAGCUGCAGUCUGCAAACAGGGUGGUUUUCAUCACAUGUGAUUGAUAGCUUGAGAUUGCGUGUUGCUCAGAGGUUUCUGUCAGUAUAUCCUGAGUCUGGUGCGGAAUCCUUGUUGAAAUCUGUUUCUCAUCGGUUUGAGAAGUCUAAGAGAAUGCAGCUUAAUGUGAAGGAUUUGAAAGUUCAUUCAGAGGGCAAACAAGCUGAUAAAGAAGUUUUAGAAAGUGAAGACAAAGAAACUAAUGAUGAAGUUGAAUACGAGGAAGAUGAAGAAGAUGAAAUGGAGGAUGACAAUCUUGGAGAUGAUGUGGAUGCUGAUGAGGCGCUCGAGCUGGUUGAUGGGGACAGGAAUUUUCCCCUACAAGAUUCAUAUAUGGACAACGAGAACAUCUCGAAGGACUAUCUACAGGACCUUUUUGGUAGUUUCCCUUUUGGUGCUGCCGGUGGCGAUGAAAUGCAAGACACUGACCCCCAAGAUGAUGGAUAUCAGAUUUAUGAACAAUACAGCGAUGGCGACUACUCUGAUGAUGAGGAUUAUUAGAACAUCAAUCCAGGUGAGGUCAAUUUGCUACCGUCUGCUUUACAUUUGCAGUACCGUCCCAGGUCCAUGUCUUUGACUCUGUUAAACAAAGCAAGUGGGACUUAUUUCAAUGCAGAUAGGUCUGGAAAUUGUUGAUCUUCACAAGCAAAAGAUAUAUGUUAAUAUAAUAACCAUUUCUACCCUGUUCGUAUGUGAUUUCAUUUUCAGUUUUCAAUGAAAAAUAUGUAUUUUGUAUAAAUUGAUUUUUGUGUAAAAUGAGAAUAUAUUUAGAUCAAUUAGUGAGAUUGUGUUUUAUAUUGAACUACA